AUGAUCCUCCAGCAGGACAAUGCCACCAGCCAUUCUGCUCGUUCUGUGCGUGAGUUUCUGCAUGGCAGCAAUGUCAGUCUUCUGGCAUGGCCAGCGAAGAGCCCGGAUCUCAAUCCCAUUGAGCACGUCUGGGACCUGUUGGAUCGCAGGCUUUCACCCUGCGUGAGGGUCUGUGAGCCAGCCUGCUCUGCCCCCCAUAUCUGCAGGCUUCGUCCUGCAGCUGUGAGGAGAGGAGCUUUGCCCCUCCCCUGGUUCACUGCCAUCACAGUAACCAACCCGAUCUGGCUUAUAAAGACUCGAUUGCAGCUUGAUGCCAGGAACCGUGGAGAACGGCGCAUGAGUGCAUUUGAGUGUGUCCGGCGUGUCUAUCGUUCAGAUGGGUUACGGGGAUUCUACAGGGGCAUGUCCGCUUCUUAUGCUGGCAUAUCAGAGACUGUCAUUCACUUUGUCAUCUAUGAAAGCAUUAAACGCAAACUAAUUGAGUCCAAGGCCAACUCUAACAUGGAUGACGAAGAUGAAUCUGUAAAAGACGCUUCAGACUUUGUUGGAAUGAUGCUGGCUGCUGCCACAUCCAAGACCUGUGCCACUUCAAUUGCAUAUCCUCAUGAGGUUAUUCGUACCAGACUACGUGAGGAGGGCAGCAAGUAUCGUUCGUUCUUUCAAACUCUAAAUAUGGUGGUCCGGGAGGAGGGUUACAAAGCACUGUACCGAGGCCUCACCACUCAUCUGGUCCGACAGAUCCCUAACACUGCUAUCAUGAUGUGCACCUAUGAGCUGGUGGUCUACCUGCUCAAUGGUUAACAAAUGGAGAGAGACCAGGAGAGAGAGGGAGAGAGAGAGAGAGAGAGAGAGACGAACAGGGUGAGAAAGCGAAAGCUAGAUGGAGACCAAGAGAGUGAUUGUCCCUGGCUUUUACACCAAAGGAAGCAGAACAAAUCCUAGAAACGCAUUUUUAACCCGGACCCCCAAAGGGGGCUGUAGUCUCCGAGAACAAGAAGGUUUUGAGCCUGUCAGACUGGAGAGCGUUUCAAAAAAGAAAGACCGAUGGCGAACAGACACGCUGCUAAAGCAGUCUGUCCAUUUGAAAUGUUUUAAGAGAGGUCCUUUUUGAAAGGACAAUCAGAGAGGGGAAUGCUUGAAGAAAAUGCAAAAGCCUGAAUUGGCAGAAUUCCUUCACAUUCAAGAAAAGAAAAA